AUUGUGAUUUUGUUUGAAUUGGCGAUAAUUUAAAAAUACUCAUUGCACAUUAUCUUGUUAGAUAAGUAAAACCCUAGCCAAGUGUCGUAUUAUAUAAUAUUUGCUGAUUUCUAUUAUUUAUUGACGCGUUACCUUUACACGUGGACGUGCAGACAUUUAUUAUAACCUUCAGUUUUUAUUUAUUGAAUUAAAUUCGCUUCAAAACGUUGCAUUGUGUGUGAAAUUGGAACAAACUUUUGUACAGAACUUUUCUUAGAGGUCAAAAUAAUCGACUAAAGUGAUUGGUUCUAUUUUUUUUUUCGGAACGUUUCCGGUAUAUCGAACGAAAUGCCGGCCUCAUAUGAUACCAUUAUCAUUGGUCUGGGUGCGGCUGGCUGUACGGCUGCCUCCACUCUGAGUAAGGCGGGGAAGAGAGUCCUGGCUCUAGAGGCUAUGGACAGAGUCGGAGGGAGAGUGAACACUGUUCCCUUUGGAGACGGCGUCGUGGAAGUAGGAGCUGAGUGGAUUCACGGCACGGAACAGUCUCGAGUGUACAACUUGGCUAUUCAGAACAACGUGUCAGUACUUCCUCAGGAUAUAGACUUCGAGGUAUACCGGUCAGACGGGAGUAUCGGGGACAAAGCUGUGCUGAAUGAGCUGAUGAAUUUCAGCCUCAGCGUCAUUGAGGAGCCUCCAGAAACACCUGAACCUUUGGGGCAAUUUAUUACGAGACGCCUCAAAGAUUACAUGAAGGAGAAAUACCCAGCUUUACUAGCCGACCAAGAUUUCGUGGACAAUUUACUAGAAUUCCUGGACUUAGUGAUUGAUAAUUAUGAAUCGUCCAAUAGUUGGAACGAAGUGUCUACAGAAUCUAAGUACACAGAGCUUGGCGGAUACCAACACAUGAGUUGGCAUCGACACGGAUAUAAGACCUUGUUUGAAAUUUUAUUGAACACGUACAACAACGGCCCUGGUUAUCCGAACCUGGACAUCAAGUUGAAGAAGGAAGUCACCCAGAUAUCCUGGCCCCAGGAUCCGACACAGGAUGUGGUGGUCACCUGCAAGGAUGGCAGCAGUUACAGAGCCAGGAAUGUCAUCGUCACCGUCUCUCUAGGAGUUCUUAAGGAAAGACACACAACACUAUUUUCGCCAAUGUUGCCACAAACAAAAAUUUCGGUCAUAGACAACAAUAAUAUAUCGAUGGGGUUGCUAGGUAAAAUAAUUUUGCAAUUUCCGCAAAAUUUUUGGGGGACAAAUAAGAAUAUAGAUUAUUCGUUUAUUUGGAGGAAUGAGGAUAAAGAGGGGAUUGAGGAUAAAUGGAUGUUGAAAUUGGUGCAGAUGUCUGCCCCUAUGGGGGCGGAUGAUGUGCUUACCAUGUGGACGAAUGGGGAUGUCGGGAGAUUGGUUGAAACUUUACCCGAAGACGUAGUCAAGAGGAAAGCUAUGGAAUUGAUCAGGAGAUUCAUGGGAAAGAACAGGACCAUCCCGGAACCCAUAGCGAUGAUACGGUCAUCCUGGUUCUCAAACCCCUACACUCGCGGCAGUUACACCUAUGACAAUCUAUCCACGCCACAGUACCCACACGCUAGGGCCACUUUAGCUGAGCCUCUGGUAGACAGCAGUGGAGCCCCAAGGGUCCUAUUCGCCGGCGAAGCGACAGACAACACCCAUUUCUCUACCGUUCAUGGAGCGACCGAUACAGGAUUCAGGGAAGCCAAUAGACUCCUGACUAAAGCCAAAUUGUAAGCGAAAUGUAGAUAAAAUUAAAUGUGCUAUUGUGUCCUUUUAUGGCAUUAGACAUGUGUUUUUUGACAAUAGAUGUAGAAUAUUAUGGUACUCGGCGGUAAAUUGUGCAGUGUAAAGGAGGAUGCCAGAGUUUCUAUGAAAUCUGGUCCCAUUUCCAAUAACUAUGUGUGUUACAUCAUUGGAUAGGUAAUUUUGAGCUGAAUAAAAGUUACUAUGGCGCCAAGUUCCAAAUCUUAGUCCGUUCAGAGUUAUUCUUUAUUAAACAUGGUAGUUUUAUCAGUAGCCAAGUAAUGCUAUUUUUGCGUUAUAAUUACAUUUGUGCUUUAUACACGUAGUGUGGAUAUAAUUCUUCCAAUAUCACACAUAGCUAUUGGAAGGUGGGACCAUGAUUUGCAUCCUCCUUUUUGUAGGAGACAAUUCGGUAGUUUCCUACUAGUCAAAUUCAAUACUUUUAUCGACAUGUCAAAACUUACAUUUAUUUUGAUUUUGUAGGAGAUCGCAACUUAUGACGUAAUAUUUUUUUGCAUUCAAUACAAUACUUCUCUAAAAUUUGCUAGAAAAAUUAAAUAAAUAAGUAUAUCGUCAAAUUAAUGAAUGAAAGUACGAUUAUUUUGGGAUAUUUUAUUUUAUUAUAUUGAAAUAGGAAACUAGCCAAUUCUGUGUGAUUUUACCAUCAUUUAUUUGAACAAAACUUUUUAUUAUUCGAUGAGAGUGCUCCGACAAGGGGUCUCGAGUUCGAUAGCCGUGUCGUUCACAUUACUGGGAUUUUUUAGAAAAUUUGUCAGUAGUAGCACGGAGUCUGGAAUUGUGCCCAGUAUAUGGCAAUAGGCUCACCCCAUUUGAAUAGGAAUUUGGUGCCAUAGUAAAAAAUUAUGUAUGCCGUAUAACCCCGACUAGUCACUAUGGGUGUUAUAUUUAGUUAAUUAUUUUACUAAACAACCACCGAUGUUAUUUGAAGAUAACACAGUCUUUAUACUAAUAGUGAUUCAUAUGUAUAUAAGGUGUUCUAAAAGUAUCUGCCACGGCUUUAAUGGGAGGUAGUGUUGUGUUUGAAGAUUACAAUAGUGAUGAAAUUUCGUACCCCGGACCAGUUAAUUCAAUUUGAGAACAUAAAGAAGUUAAAUAAACAUUGACUCUACUCUGUAUAAAGUGGUUCACAAAUACGCACGAUGCG